AAUCACUAAAACGCGGCAUGACACUAUUAUAUUAUUUGUGGUGGUUGCAACACCAGGUACUGUCUAGGUGCCAUGUCUGAUUUUCAUUUACUGUAAGCUCGGAUUUUCAGUCUGACGCCAUGUUGCCGCGUGUAAGUUUGAUUUUGGCCACUUUUAGCGUUUUAUCCGCGUCCGACACCAAUCCGGCCGAUGGACACUUGUUGGUCGAACACACCGUCACCCAAGAAAGCGCCCAGGACGCCAUCCAGCACUUGCAGCCCGAUUUAAUGAUUGGUGCGGGUUGCAAGGAGUGCACCAGGCGGGAAAUCGAAUACUGCAUGUCCAACGACGUCAUAGAAGAUCACUGCUGUUGUCAGAGAAAAUACCACGCAGAAGUCUUUCCUUACAUAGCGCACACCUGUUACGUGAGGUCCAGAAACUGCGAACCGACCGUUCGCGACUGUGGCGUUUUCGAUCGGUUGCUGGCUUGUUGUUGCCAUCAACAUCUGGGAACGAAAUAUAAAAGUCAACUCUUGGCGGCCAACAGUUCUUCUAUUGAUGGCCAAAACGAAAUCAACGUAUAUUUGUCUAUACUCGGUCUACAUAUUUUGUAUAUAAAAAGCAACUUUUAUUUAUGAUAUACGAAAUCUAUGAAUGUGAAUCACAACUUUGGCUACAUUGCCUAUUACCCAUACAUAGUUUUUUGUUUUGGUAAUUAUUGUUAAAAUAUAUCUUUAAACCUCUACCUCUGUUGACUGCAGCUGUACUAUGUAAUUGAAGAAAUUGAACAUCAGUCUGCAGUCACCUCAUAUCACGUGACGUCGAUCUUAGCCUAUCAGUGCCCACCAAUAUAGGGAGUUUUAUAUAUAUUAUGUUAUUACAUGGAGUAGCAAAACAUUGUUAUCUCUUUUCGCUUUAUUUUUAUUAUUAAUUAUACUUUUAUUAUAUUACAUCAUAAUAAAAUUAUACUUACCUAACAUGAAAUUGUAGCUACUUAUUGGAUUAUAUAAUAUUAUACAUUAAAUCAAUUAAUAUAUCAGACG